AUGGGGCUACAGUUUAGUGAACGUUGGUUAUUCAAAUUCCAUGUCUUCUCCUUCCUCUUCUCCUUCCCCUUUUCUUCUCCUUCCCUUUCUCCUUCCCCUUUUCUUACACCUUCUCCUUACCCUUCUCCUUCCCCUUCUCCUUCCCCUUCUCCUUCCCCUUCUCCUUCCCCUUCUCCUUCCCCUUCUCCUUCCCUUCGUAGUUCAGUGACCGUUUGUUAUUCAGAUUCCAUGCAUUCUCCGUCCCCUUCUCCUUCCCCUUCUCCUUCCCCUUCUCCUUCCUUUUGUAGUUUAGUGACCGUUUGGUAUUCAAAUUCCAUGCCUUCUCCUUCCUCUUCUCCUUCCCCUUCUCCUUCCCCUUCUCCUUCCCCUUCCCUUUCUCCUUCCCCUUCUCUUACCCCUUCUCCUUCCCCUUCUCCUUCCCCUUCUCCUUCCCCUUCUCCUUCCCCUUCUCCUUCCCCUUCUCCUUCCCCUUCUCCUUCCCUUUGUACUUUAGAGAACGUUGGUUAUUCAAAUUCCAUGUCUUCUCCUUCCUCUUCUCCUUCCCCUUUUUCUUCUCCUUCCCUUUCUCCUUCCCCUUCUCUUACACCUUCUCCUUCCCCUUCUCCUUCCCCUUCUCCUUCCCCUUCUCCUUCCCCUUCUCCUUCCCCUUCUCCUUCCCCUUCUCCUUCCCUUUGUAGUUUAGUGACCGUUUGUUAUUCAGAUUCCAUGCAUUCUCCUUCCCCUUCUCCUUCCCCUUCUCCUUCCUUUUGUAGUUUAUUGACCGUUUGGUAUUCAAAUUCCAUGCCUUCUCCUUCCUCUUCUCCUUCCCCUUCUCCUUCCCCUUCUCCUUCCCCUUCCCUUUCGCCUCCCCCUUCUCUUACCCCUUCUCCUUCCCCUUCUCCUUCCCCUUCUCCUUCCCCUUCUCCUUCCCCUUCUCCUUCCCCUUCUCCUUCCCCUCCUCCUCUUCCUCCUCCUUGUCAUCCUUCUCAUCUUGCCGUCCAUCUCUCCUUCCCUCCCUCCUCUCUCUUUCUCUCUCUCCCUCCCUCUUUCUCUCUUUCUCUCUCGCUCUCGCUCUCGCUCUCUCUCUCUCUCUCUCUCUCUCUCUCUCUCUCUCUCUCUCUCUCUCUCUCUCUCUCUCUCUCUCUCUCUCUCUCUCUCUCCCCCCCCCCCCCCCCCUCUCCCUCUCUCUCUCUAGCGGUCCUUGUAUUGAGAUACGUGAUAUACGGGUAA